GGCACCCGCCGCACUCUGCACUCGGCCGCCGGGGCGGCAGGGACGGGACGGCUGCUGGUGGGGGCUCUGCGGGCUGGGAUCGGAGUCCGGGCCCGAGCCCGAGCCACAGCGGGAGGCCAGAGGGCUGUAGGCAGAGAUGGCGGCCGCGGGGGCCGCGGCGGCGGCGGAAGGGAUGGAGCCGCGGGCGCUGCAGUACGAGCAGACCCUGAUGUAUGGCCGGUAUACUCAGGACCUUGGGGCCUUUGCCAAAGAGGAAGCUGCUCGGAUUCGCCUGGGAGGGCCCGAGACCUGGAGGGGUCCACCUUCCUCUCGGGCUCCUCCAGAGCUUCUGGAAUAUGGACAGAGCCGUUGCGCCCGAUGCCGCAUCUGUUCCGUACGCUGCCAUAAGUUCCUGGUGUCCAGGGUUGGUGAAGACUGGAUCUUCCUGGUCCUGCUGGGGCUCCUCAUGGCUCUGGUCAGCUGGGCCAUGGACUAUGCCAUCGCUGCCUGUCUGCAGGCUCAACAGUGGAUGUCCCGGGGCUUGAACACCAGCCUCUUUCUCCAGUACCUGGCCUGGGUCACCUACCCCAUCGUCCUCAUCACUUUCUCAGCUGGAUUCACACAGAUCCUGGCUCCUCAGGCUGUUGGCUCCGGCAUCCCUGAGAUGAAGACCAUCUUGCGGGGUGUGGUGCUGAAGGAAUACCUCACCCUGAAGACCUUUGUUGCCAAGGUCAUUGGGCUAACCUGUGCCCUGGGCAGCGGAAUGCCCCUUGGCAAAGAGGGCCCUUUUGUGCAUAUCGCUAGCAUGUGUGCUGCCCUGCUCAGCAAGUUCCUCUCCCUUUUCGGGGGCAUCUAUGAGAAUGAAUCCCGGAACACAGAGAUGCUGGCCGCCGCCUGUGCCGUGGGUGUAGGCUGCUGCUUUGCGGCACCUAUUGGAGGCGUCCUGUUCAGCAUCGAGGUCACGUCCACCUUCUUCGCAGUGCGGAACUACUGGCGAGGCUUCUUUGCUGCCACCUUCAGUGCCUUCAUCUUCCGGGUCUUGGCAGUCUGGAACCGUGAUGAAGAGACCAUUACGGCUCUCUUCAAAACCCGGUUCCGGCUUGACUUCCCCUUCGACCUCCAGGAGCUGCCAGCCUUUGCGGUCAUUGGUAUUGCCAGUGGCUUUGGGGGAGCGCUCUUCGUCUACCUGAACAGGAAGAUUGUGCAGGUGAUGCGGAAGCAGAAAACCAUCAACCGCUUCCUCAUGAAGAAACGCCUGCUCUUCCCGGCUCUGGUGACCCUGCUCAUCUCCACUCUGACCUUCCCCCCUGGCUUUGGACAGUUCAUGGCCGGACAGCUCUCUCAGAAAGAAACUCUGGUCACCCUGUUUGACAACCGGACGUGGGUCCGCCAGGGAUUGGUGGAGGACCUCGAGCCACCAGGAACCUCACAGGCCUGGAGCCCGCCACGUGCCAACGUCUUCCUCACCUUGGUCGUCUUCAUUCUCAUGAAGUUCUGGAUGUCUGCGCUGGCCACUACCAUCCCAGUGCCCUGCGGGGCCUUCAUGCCAGUCUUUGUCAUUGGAGCAGCAUUCGGGCGUCUGGUGGGCGAAAGCAUGGCUGCCUGGUUCCCAGACGGGAUUCACACUGACGGCAGCACCUACCGGAUCGUUCCUGGGGGCUAUGCAGUGGUGGGGGCGGCCGCCCUGGCAGGAGCAGUGACACACACAGUGUCCACGGCUGUGAUCGUGUUCGAGCUCACGGGCCAGAUCGCCCACAUCCUACCCGUCAUGAUCGCCGUCAUCCUGGCCAACGCCGUUGCCCAGAGCCUACAGCCCUCACUCUAUGACAGCAUCAUCCGGAUCAAGAAACUGCCCUAUCUGCCUGAGCUGGGCUGGGGCCGCCACCAACAAUACCGGAUGCGAGUGGAGGACAUCAUGGUACGGGACGUUCCCUAUGUGGCCCUCAGCUGUACCUUCCGAGACCUUCGGCUGGCUCUGCACAGGACCAAGGGCCGCAUGUUGGCCCUCGUAGAGUCCCCUGAGUCCAUGAUCCUCCUGGGCUCCAUUGAGCGCUCACAGGUGGUGGCUUUGCUGGCGGCCCAGCUGAGCCCAGCUCGCCGGCGGCAGUAUGCGCAAGAGCAUCGGGCUGCCCAGACCUCUCCACCUCCUGAUCAGGAAAGUCCCCCCAGCCCUGAGGCCUCUGUCCGCUUCCAGGUGAACACAGAGGACUCAGGUUUCCCCGCAGCCCGGGGAGACACUCACAAGCCCCUGAAACCUGCUCUCAAGAGGGGGCCCAGCAACACCGUGAACCUUGGGGAGAGUCCCACAGGGAACAUGGAGCAGGCAGGCAUCGCUCUCAGGAGCCUCUUCUGUGGCAGUCCACCCCCCGAGGCUGCUUCAGAGUUGGAGAAGUCGGAAUCAGGUGACAAGCGCAAGCUGAAGCGGGUCCGAAUCUCCCUGGCGAGUGACUCAGACCUGGAAGGAGAGAUGAGCCCUGAGGAGAUUCUGGAGUGGGAGGAACAGCAGCUGGAUGAACCUGUCAACUUCAGUGACUGCAAAAUUGACCCUGCCCCCUUCCAGCUGGUAGAACGGACCUCUUUGCACAAGGUACGGUCAUGCCUUAGCUGGAGAGUUAAGUUCUGGAAGUCCGUUACUAAAAAAAAAAUUUAGUAACUGUUUAAGAAAAUAUUUUUAAAGCUUUCAGACAGUUAUACUGAGUUCUGAGUAACUGGUACUUGAAAGCUGGGUUAUUAAUGCCCAUUUGGAUUCAGACACUAAGCCAAGAAGCUUACAAGUACACUCAAAACACAGUAAUAAGUGAUAGGCCCUAAAUUCCAGGAAGUGCUGUAUCAGGAGAGUGUUGUUCAAGACAUCUGGCCCAAGAAAAUCUACUUAGGACACAAGGGGAACUGGUUGAUAAUUUCUGAGCCGUUGGGGAUUACAUGUGAAAGUUGGGGGGAGAGCCCAAACCAAGAAAGACAUGGGAGGCUGUGGAUGGCUGUCGCUUCCCUGGACUUCAGGCUCCGUCUGAACAGCACCUGGGAUGCUACUCAGCCCUGGGAGAGCCGAACUAUAGGUGAGACAUGGAGUGCUUCCACCCACGACAGUCGGUCAGAGCCAGGGAGAGGGGCCACUUCCAACAGCCAGCCAGCUGGAGGCAAAUGGGAAGCAUGUGUCAGCCACUAAAGUGGGGGUGAGAGGCACAGAGUUUAGGGCUGAUGGCCUUAAAGGGCAGGGACACUCUGUGACUGGACACCUGUGCAGAACUGAUGUCACACUUCCUCCUUUGGCAGCAUGAGGGAAAGCUCCUUCUGGAGCUGUGAAGUCACUUCACCACUGAGCUCGUGCUGCCUCUCCCACAGGAUGGGUAGCAUCCUUACGUCUCGGAACAGGACUGAAAUUAAUUGCUGAUUUCAGAAAGACCUAGCAGUGCCUGGCCAAUCAUUAGGUGUCAUAUUUGACAGUUCUCUCCUCCGUCAUCCUUUAUUCUAACAUGGGACGAAGAAUCCUUCCUCUGUUUCUUCAUCAACAUAAGGAACGUAAAGAUAACCAUUAUCAUGUUUCUGAGGCUUGGCUGUGGAAACAUUCUCAUUCUUCUUUUCCCUCUGGUGGUUCUCCUAUCCCCCCACCAUCUAGGGUGCCCCUCCUUCCCCCAGCCCCACCUUGUCCUGGGCUGCUCUGGCCAGUGAUUUAAAACCGUCCCCUUGCGCGUGAUGUCCAGUGUGUUUUCUCCCGACC